UAAAAUCUUUAUAUAUAAUUAUACAGUGAAACAAUCGAUAAUACAAAUAAAUACGGUAAAUUGUUGAAAUCAUUCAAACAAAUGAAAUUUCAUAUUAAAUUUGUAAAUUUAAUACAUAUUGCUUCGAAGUUUAGUGUGGUUAGGUAGACCUGCACUAUUGUAUGGGUAAUACUAUUUGAGAGUAUUUUUUUAAAAGGAAAUGACCAAUUUUCAAGCGGGACUUGAGAAUAAUGGAGAAAUGUUACUAAAUAAGAAUGUUGUACAAAGAUUUAGGGAAAAAGUAGUUGAAGAAGCUAUUGUUUAUAAAAAACACAUAAAAUACACUUUAGUAGCAGUUUUUACCAUAUUAUAUAGUAUUUAUUUUGGAUAUUGUUUAUCUCUGGAUUUCAGUGAUAAUAUAGGACUAUUUGUGUUAACUUGUAUAGUAUUAAUUUUAAUUUUCUAUAUUAAAAGUGGAUAUAUUAUUUGGAGAAAAUUAUCUUUAAAAUUGGAGUAUAUCUUCACAAGAAUACCUGAAUCAUGGAAAAAAUAUGGAACAUGGUAAGUAUACUUGCAAUCUUGCGCCUUGACAUAAAUACCAUAAUACAGUCCAUUUUGCAAUCAAUUACUCUUCUCUAGUAAAACAUUAUUUGCAUUUCUAUGUCAAAAUAGUAUUUUCUUCCAAAGGUUGCUUGUAACAUUGAUACUGAUGGCUUUGGUUGUUUUUAUUAUAGUUGAUGGCUAUAGGGAUCCUAUUAAAUUUGUUUCAUUGUCUGGCCUCUUGGCUUUUACAUUAAUCUCUGUUAUAGCAUCUGAUAAUGUUGGAGCAAUCUCUCCGAGGACAGCCAUUUCAGGAUUUUUUCUUCAAUUCAGUUUCGGUGUAAUAAUAUUACGGUGGAAAGAAGGAAAAGAAGCUGUUAAGUUCUUAGGGGAUAAGAUUAUAGAUUUUUUAAAAAAUGCUGAUGCAGGAGCCGAAUUUGUAUUCGGCGAAAAAUUUAGAGACCAUGAAUUUGUUUUUGCCAUUAUGCCACCUGUAAUAUUCUUUGGAGCUUGUAUAGAACUGUUAUAUUACUUGGGAAUAUUGCAGUUUUGCAUUAAAGGAUUUGGAAAUGUUAUGAUAAGAAUUAUGAAGGUUUCGCCAGCUGAAGCUUUUGUUACAGCAGCUAAUAUCUUCCUUGGUCCGAUUCUUUCUUAUCUUACUAUAUCUUCAUUUUUGGAAAAAUUGACUAAGUCUGAAAUAUUCAGUACAAUGACGUCAGGAUUUGCAACAGUCACAGGAUCUCUGUUUGCCGCUUACAUUUCGUUUGGAAUUUCACCUACCCAUUUAGUUGCUGCAUCAAUAAUGUCAGCUCCAGCAUCAUUAGUUAUCUCAAAAUUACUUGUUCCCGAUAAAAGGGACAAAAUUACUUAUCAAUUAGAAUUUAGUCCAAGUAGAGCUAAAGGGAUCCUAGAUGCAAUAGCUAUAGGAGCAGCAAAUUGUAUUCCAGUAACGGCUGCAAUUGUUACUAAUGUAAUUGCUUUUACUUCAAUACUUGCUUUUUUAAAUUCCGUAAUUCAUUGGCUGGGAGAAAGAAUUGGAAUUGAAACAUCUUUUGAAUUGAUAUUCGCUUAUAUUUUCUCACCAAUUCCUCUACUAUUGGGGAUUGAACCACAAUACAUACUGACUGUUAGUAAAUUAAUUGCAAAAAAAAUAUUCCUGAAUGACAUUCUUGCUUACGAAGCAUUGGGAAGGGCAAUUAAGGAUAAUAAACUGAACAAAAGAUCAGAAAUAAUCGCAACGUAUGCCCUCUGCGGAUUUGGAAAUUUCGGUGACAUUGGAAUUGUUUUAGGAGCUGUGGGAGUACUUGCUCCAAAGAGAAAGAAAUUAUUGUCUAGUCUAGCAAUAAAGAGUAUGAUUGCUGGAAAUCUAAGCUGCUUUUUAUCUGCUUGCAUAGCAGGACUGCUAUAUAAUAAGGAAGAAGAGUAAGGUCAACAUCCAAAGAAAGAUGUCUUCUUUAUAUUAAAUAGAGCGUCUGCUGGAGAUUCCAUUUAGUAUCGUUCUUUACUUUCGCAAUCUUAAGAGCGUAUGAUUACACUCUCUGUAGCUGUGUAGUAUAUUAUAGACAACAGAUGGCGUCAACUAAUACGCAAGAUAAUAUUAAUUAAAUCACCAUGUGAAAGGCACAAAACAACUAAGAGAAAUUUCAAAGCGUAAGACGUUACCUUUUUAUAUUUCUCAAAAGGUAGUUUGGUUAAAAGCUUCAAUAGCUCAAACGUUUGGCAGAUUUACUCAAAAUUUAUAAUCUGCUAGAAGAACAGCCAGCUGAUAUCGAUUCAUUUAAAUUGAACGUGAAAAUAACGCCUUUUCAAGAAAAUAAAUUCAAGAUGUCACGGCAAAAUUUAUAAGAUAUAUUUUUAGAUUAAAAUUAUCUAAUCCUUUUGCUUCAUUAAAUUUAGUAGAACAACGUAAACUUAUCAGUGUUUUUGAACCCAUCUAUAGUCAAAGACAAUUCAGCAGACAACAUAUAUAUAUACAGUAUAUACUGUAUACUUUAUAGCUAUAAUUUAAUAUAUAUUCAAAUAUCGUUAACUAUUAUAAAUAGUUUUAACUCUUUUUGUUAAAAUAAUAAUAAAAAAUAUAUAUAAAAAAGAGAAAAAA